AUGCUAAUGUUUUUCUCGGAUUCGAGUGACGAAGAGGAUGAACUGCUUUUGCUUGUCGCCAUCGAGGAGGAACAGGCUGCAUCCGAGGGUCAGAGUCGUCAGCGUGGCUCCGUCCCGGGCCAUGCGGUCAUAGACCGUGGCCACUGCGAAGGUGCUGCUAGGCUGUACAGGGACUACUUCGCCAACAACCCUGUGUAUGGUGAUGCACUGUUUCGGCGAAGGUUUCGGAUGACUCGUCGAUUGUUCUUGAGAAUUGCGGCCGCUGUGGAGCAGCAUGACCCAUGGUUUUGGCAGAGGAGGGAUGCAACCGGGAAGCUCGGCCUAAGCCCCCUACAAAAAAUGACUGCGGCAAUACGUCAACUAGAGUACGGAGUCAGUUCCGACGCAGUUGAUGAGUAUGUGCAGAUCGGGGCCAGCAUCGUGAUGCUGGCCUUGAGGAAGUUUUUCCAGGCUAUUGUCGUGCUUUUCUCUGAUGAAUAUCUCCGGGCUCCCACUGCAGAGGAUACUGCUCGCCUCUUGGCUGAAGGCGAGCGGCGAGGGUUCCCCGGGAUGCUGGGGAGCAUCGACUGCACGCAUUGGGUAUGGAAGAACUGUCCGAAAGCGUGGCAUGGCGCUUAUACGGGCCAUACUCGCAAGCCUUCCAUAGUUUUGGAGGCGGUUGCGUCGUACGAUUUAUGGAUUUGGCAUGCUUUCUUUGGGAUGCCUGGUAGUCUGAACGAUAUAAAUGUUUUGCACCGGUCUAACAUAUUUACCAGGCUUACCGAUGGGACUGCGCCAAACGUGUCGUACACCGUUAAUGGUAACAGGUAUGACAUGGGGUACUACCUCGGCGACGGCAUUUACCCCGAAUGGACGACCAUAGUGAAGGCAAUUCCAGCACCAAGAGGCAACAAGAGCGUCCAUUUCUCCGUCAUGCAAGCAUCUGUCCGCAAGGAUGUUGAACGUGCAUUUGGUGUCUUGCAGUCGAGGUUUGCCAUAGUCCGAGGACCUGCUAGAGUUUGGGAUCAAAACACACUGCAGAAUAUAAUGACAGCAUGUGUCAUUAUGCACAACAUGAUAAUUGAGGACGAAAAUAACAGCGCUUCAACGGAGCAGGUGUUCGACUUUAUGAGGGAGACAACGACAGUGCAUCGAGAUCCAAACCAAGGAAUCCUGCAUUAUGUCGAAGCCACUCAAGCUAUCAGGAACCGUGCAAUGCACCACCAAUUGCGUGAAGACCUUGUUGAGCACCUCUGGAGUCUACAUGGGACACAGUAG